AUGACAGCAUUAGAAGCUGUCACGUCGCCCGACCUGGCGCAUACACCAUUCAAUGUUCAAGCGCUGCUGCUAUUUGCUCUCGCUGAGUUCCACAGCAUUUCCAGAGCCGAGGCUCGUAAGCACCUGGAUAAAGCUAUCACAAUUGCAUUAGAAUUGCGUAUGAACGAAAGAGACUUUGCUCGAGCGUAUGGGGAGGGUAGCGGUGUACUGGAAGAGUGUUGGAGGCGAACGUUUUACGUACUCUAUAUUGUGGAUCAAAACUUCGCCCUUGUCACCAACACGCCCUUCUACACACUACUUCUCACAUCGAACAACGUUGAUUUGCCAUGCGAUGAUGAAUACUUUGAGUCAGGGAACAUCCCGCCUGUGAUGACGUGGGCGGAGUACCAGACCCGUGAGUUCGCAGAAAUUGAGAUUGUUUAUUCCUCAAUCGUAUAUCUUUACGACAUCGGAAUGGUCAUCGCUGGCACCAUGAAGUCUUUUAUCGACACUGCUAUAUUUAGCGAAACGAUGGCCGAGAACUGCGACAUGAAAUUGGCGAUUUGGUCGGCGAUGCUGCCGGCUUGUAAGAAGGACCCGCUUCGACCAGAUGGUCAAGUACAUGGCACAUAUAGUCAUCUCAACACUGCAUAG